AUGGAUGCGCUCGGUGGCGAUGACCUACAAGCGAUGGCGCUCAGCUUGGCUAUCGUCUCCCUUCCUAAAAAGGAAAACAAUAAAAACGCAAAAGCUAUAAACGGGCGCGCCGCCCUGGCCCGCUCCACCGGUGGUCAACCGGCCGGAGGAAGGGUUGGAAGUAAUCAAGUGCUUGUUGGUAUAAAAGAAGCAAGCACAACCAAGACACAAAAUGCUGCUGGCAUGCCUAAAGAUGGUAUGCAUGAGAUUAACUCUUUUCAAGAGGAAUUCAAGGACAAUAUCUGGAGCACACUCAGUAAAGAUGUUGCAAACACUAUGGCUGGAUGUGUUGUCUCACUUGCUUCAUUCAAUGGAAAGGCGAAAUGUUUUGCUUGCACAGGCCUAAUUAUAGACUGUAAUCCCGUGAGAAUUCUUACUUCAGCAAGUUUGGUUCAAAUUUCUGGCGAUGGAAACAGGAUUGAUGAUAACUUGCAGAUUGAAGUGUACCUUAAUAAUACAGAACAAGUCACGGGGACAUUGAGACAUUAUGAUCUAUGCUAUAAUGUUGCGGUUGUAGAGAUCAUCGGUUCCUGCUGCUCUACCACAGUGGGAUUGAUGAGGCAUAUUUCAUUCACCCCCAAUAUCGAGGUUUUAGCUGUAGGGCGUCUCAUUGAACAUCGGAAACUAAUGGCCUCAAGAGGGGUGUUAAUUGACAGAAAAGGCAAACUUGCUUGUGAAGAGCUUAGGAUUUCCACUUGUAAAAUCACCAAGGCUGGAAUUGGAGGGCCUCUUAUUGAUGCUCGAGGGAAUUUGAUUGGCAUGAAUUUCUUCCAUGAUGAAGAAACUCCGUACCUACCGAGGGAAAAAAUUCAGGAACUUGUGAGACGUUUCAGUGAAGAACGCGUGAAUGACGGUUGGCCUGAACCAAGGCAUCGUUAUUAUAUACCAAGUUGGUACCCUGUGCCGUUUGGUUUGUUCCCAGACAACGUGUACGAUGAUUUUGUAGAGGGUGGAUCUUCAAGGGGUGCUUGGCGUGUGUGGUGAGACUAUUUGUUGGUUGUGUGUCGAACUGCUUGUUACGUACUAGAACUGAUGUGGCCUUGUGAAUUCGAGAUUAGCGAAGCAGCUUUGGUCUUUACCCAAGGCAUUGUCACUUCAUUGUAAUGCUGAGUGAAAUCCUUGAUCAGUACUUGGAUUCUUCAGUUAUUUGUUUGGCAAUUACGAUCGCUAAUUGACUGUUUUGUACUAAUUAUAUUUCUAACAUUUGUCGUAGGAUGUUGGUUCUUGUGUAA